AUGAAAAAGAUGCCAAGUUCCUGUGCUCAUUCCUUCCGGCACAGCAAGGCUGAGGAAAGCAAAGCAGUUCUUGGGCAAGAGCCCUUCUCACUUUUCUCCAGACUCCUCUCUUGCCCCUUCUCUGCUCAGCUGAUGGAGAAGCUCAUGCACUUCCUCUUCUUGGUCUUCUGCUCAGCAUCCUGUGCUGCAGAGAACAUCACUGUGGUGUACGGAAUGGAGGGGGGCACCAUUUCUGUCAACUGCACCUACAACCCCUGGCAGCAGCGCUGGAGAGAGAAGAGCUGGUGCAAGCAGAUCGACCAGACCAAGUGCCAGCAUGUGGUGAGUGCCCGACGCUUCUGGCUGCCCUUCUUGAGGAACAGGAAUGGUACCACCUCUAUCAGUGACAAUGUCCAUGAAGGGGUCCUGACAGUGACCAUGAAGCAACUCAAGAAGCAGGAUGCUGGGCUGUACCAGUGCAAAUCUGACUUCCUGGGGGAAUCAAACAGCUUAAGGAAGGUGCAAGUGGAAGUGCUGACAGCUGUCCUGGAGACCCAAAUGCCAGAGGAGCCUAGUGCUGUGCAGAGCAUCUCCAGCAUCCCUCCUGAAGCUCAUUUCACUGUCUUCUACAUCAUUGCUGGAUUCCUGGUUACAAAGUUCAUGGUGGCUGUGCUGAUCUUCAUCAUUGGCUACAGCAGAAAGAGCAGAGACACAGAGCAGAAGAACCCAAGCUUGAAUGAGCAGCAGGUCCACUCUUUCACUGGUGACCUUGCACAUGAUGGAACCAGCUCCUCCUGGGAGAGCACUGCUUAGAACCAAACCAAAGGGAAUCCACAGAGGAAUGAACAGUGAGCAUUUUCAGGCAAAGUUUUGCCUCCUGCCUAAGAAAAAGAUCACCUUCUAAGCAUAGGUAGCAAUGAACCUAUCACUCUAGAGAGGGAAUGUCACCAUCCACCACCUCUUCUCAUUGGCACUGACCAACUUUUCCCAACACAACUGAACUGAAAAGAUGCUGCCAGUAACACUGAACCUAAUGGAAGAGGAUGGGAUCAAGAGCCAGGGGAAAAGGAGGAAUAUGAAAUCUUUCUGUCAAAAGAUCCAGCACAGACUUAUCUAUGUGCAGAGAUGUUUCCCCAGGCCUGGUAAAGGUGAGAGAGCUCUGCUCGGUUUUCCACAGCUCAUUGCUAGGUCUUUGCUGGUCUGCGCAGCUCCUGACAAAUAAUUUGUUAUAAGUGAAACUACAGAAACACCCACGACCAUAAGUAGAAGUUCAGGUAACACACCUCAAUGACCAUGUGUUGAGCAAUUCACAAACACAUCCACUUAAUGUAAAAGUGGAAAGACAUGGGUCUGUCUCACAUCUCCAAUCUCC